CCUUCUCGCCAAUUUCAAUUUGCCUCCAGGCUUAGCUCAGGAGUAUCGAGUGUCGACGCUUUACAUAGACGUAACUGGAAUAUAGCCAUUUUAAAUUUGAAGUUUCAAUGACGAUUUCAUCUCUCCCUUGUAUUCAACCUGCAAGUGUUUCUUUCAAAGUCUCUAACUUCUUUCCUGCUGGUGUUUGUGGUGGAUUCAACAUGAAGAAAAAGAUGAAUGCUAAUUGUUUGUCUUCCUUGAGGAAAUUUGAGAAAGAUACCAACUUUCAAACAAAGGUUGAUACUUUGUUGGAUAGUAUAAAAUGGGAUGACAAAGGUUUAGCAGUGGCUAUAGCUCAAAAUGUUGAUACAGGAGCCAUAUUAAUGCAAGGCUUUGUCAAUAGGGAUGCACUAGCUACAACAAUCUCUUCUAGGAAGGUGACGUUCUUCAGUCGAUCACGGGCAACGUUGUGGACAAAGGGAGAAACUUCCAAUAAUUUCAUCAACAUUCAUGACAUAUUUGUUGAUUGUGAUCGUGAUUCUAUAAUUUACCUUGGGAAGCCUGAUGGCCCUACCUGCCACACAGGGUCAGAGACAUGCUAUUUCACAUCAAUAAGUGAUUUGUUGAAGGAGCAAGAAGUUGAAGAAACUAACUUGGCAUUGACAACUUUAUACUCUUUAGAAUCAACAAUUUCCAAAAGAGAAUUAGAGUUAGCGGGGCAACAUGGAAAGCCCUCGUGGACUAAACGACUCUUAAGCGAUGAAAACUUGUUGUGCUCAAAAAUCCGGGAAGAAGCAGAUGAGUUGUGCCAAACACUGGAGGAGAACGAGGAUGGUUCACGUGCAGGCUCAGAAAUGGCGGAUGUACUCUACCAUGCCAUGGUUUUACUAAGGCGUAAAGGCGUAAAGAUAGAAAAUGUCCUAGAAGUUCUUCGGCGAAGAUUCUCUCAAUCGGGUAUAGAGGAGAAGCAAAGCCGUGUAUCAGGUGAGAACUAAGUGUAAGCCGUAGUUUUGCUAAGCAAGUUAUAGAUUUGCAGUUUUAAUCCCAUGCUUGGUUUUGUUCCAAUUGUUGUCAUGCUUAGCUUCUUUCCGAUAAGUUCUAUUUAUGACAUAGCCUAUCUAUCUAUGCGUCAUAAUUAUGAGAUAAUCUCACUCUGCGUCAUUAAUUCUAAAUAUGUAACAAAC